AUGGAUAUUUGUAUAACAACUCCUUAUGAUAAUGAAAUAGAUGAAAUUGAAGAAUUUAAUAAUAGAAUAUUAGCAGUAGAAACAAUUAAACAUAAUAAGUCUAAUUUAAAUAAAAAUAUUGAUAGCACAUGUCCAAAUAUUAAAAAGUUAGUAUUACCAGGAGAAGUAAUAUUAGAAAAAAAAGAUAAAGAUAGAUUUUUGAAGGGUAGUGGAUUAUAUGAAGAAAAUGAAAAGUUCUAUGCAUGUAUAUUAGGAACUAUAAAUUAUAUAAAUAAAUUAGUUUAUGUAGAACCUUUAAAAGGAAAGUAUACGGGAGCUGUAGGAGAUUUAUUAGUUGGAAAAGUUAAAGAUAUAAAUAAUGAUAAAUGGGUAGUAGAAAUAGGUUCAUAUUCUCGUGCUUUAUUAUCAAUUUCUCAAACAAAUAUUAGCUUAUUUAGUCAAAGAAUAAGAUUAUAUAAUGAUGUAAUAAAUAUGAUUAAUAUAUACAAACCAAAUGACAUUAUAGCAUGUGAAGUUCAAAGAAUUUUAACAGAUGGAUGUAUCAUUUUACAUACAAGAUCUUCUAUAUAUGGAAAAUUGUCUAAUGGAAUAUUAAUUACAGUCCCUCAAACAUUGAUUCAAAAUCAAAAAAAACAUAUUUUUGUUUUCCCAUUUAAUGUACAAAUAAUAUUAGGGAUGAAUGGAUUUAUAUGGAUUUCUUCUCCCAUUAAAAAAUCUAAAGAUACUAAUCCCAAUAGUAUAGAUGAAGAUAUUGAAGGCAAUAAAUUUGAAGAAGUAGAUGAUACUACGAGAAGAAAUAUUAGCAUCAUUAGUAAUAUUAUUAAAUUAUUAGCUAAAUAUCAUAUUAAUAUUAAUUAUGAUAUUAUUACUAAAAUAUAUAUGCAAUAUACAACCAAUAAAAAUAAUAACCCUUGCUAUAUUUUAAAACCUUAUGUAUCCGAUUCCUUUUUAUUUAAUUAUAUAGAUCAAAUUAAUAAAAAAAAUGAGGAAUUUUUAUAA